CUUGCUGAUCAAUUACAAGUGGUUCGUAAAGGUCCACAACAUCAGGCUGGAUCGGAUUCACUGUUAACAGCGGAGACAUUUUUCAGAAUCAAGGAACGGUUUUUCGAAGAUAACUGGAAAGAGGUUGCACUAACUGUCGAAGGCCACUUAUAUGGGCUGGGGAAUACGCUAUCUUCAACUGGACCCUAUCCACAUGUCUCCGAUUCCUCAUCAACACCGGAACCGCAGGCUUCCUCGACACCCGAUUCGACGUGCUAA